AUGGAAGACCAGGUCGACUUCGACAUCAAUGAGGCCGUCAAGCUGUAUCUAAGCGAUUCAGCCACCAUUCCCACCCCAGACGCGAACCCAGAACUUCAGGACUGCGAGAAUGACCCCGACAGUCUUACACCCUCUCUUGUCAGCCAUGUGUUGGACCCGAUGGUGGAUUUGAUCGCAGAGAACCCGGAGGGAUUAAUGAGAAGUUCGACCUUCGAUACACUACAGUUUCUGUUAAAGUGCGCACCCUUGUCCCCAUUUUCAACAAUCAGGUAUACCCAGGAACCGCAAGCUGAACUAUCUCGUUGUUUUAGACAGUCUUUCCUGCUCUCGCCGCAGUCCUUGAGCAAGAUCCUACACCUAAUUGUUUCAGGCCUAGCAACUACUGCAGAUGUCGCCGGCCAUGACAUCGAAAACGAUGAGCAAGAUACGCUGCCGCACCACAAGCGACUGCUGGAGAUGUACGCAUUUCUCCUCCAGUGGUCCAUCUCUUCCGUCGAAGCCAAAGCCCUCGAAAAGUCUGCCACAGCCCCGGCGCGAAGAGGAGGAAAAGGUGCAAAGGCAAAAUCCGCGGCAAAAGAUGACGCUUGGGAUUCUUCCAGUCAAAUCCAGGGCGCAAUGGAUGUGAUGUGUCGAGUGAUGAAGCUCAAGUUGAAUCGGAUAUUCCAGACAACCUCCGACCGGGACACCUUCAUCAACCUCUUCACCCGAUCCGUUUACCUGAUUAUGGAGAGCGAGGCACGGGUCAAAAUUACUGCAGUCCGCAUGUUCUGCUUCAAGGUGCUCUGCGUGGCCGUUAAGCAUCACGGCCAUGCCCUGGGAGCUCAGACGUCCAUCGUCCAGAAUCUCACAUACUUCGAGCAUUUGUCAGAACCAAUGGCCGAGUUUCUGCACAUCUUAUCGGAGCAAUAUGACCAUCAUCAACUCUCUGUCGACAUCCUACGGGAGUUGGCAGCCAAGGAAUUCAGCCAGAGUGACACCAAAGGACCGAAAUCGGUUUCUUCGUUCAUUGUCAAGCUGUCGGAAUUGGAGCCUCGUCUGGUCAUCAAAGAAAUGGGCAUGCUGGCCAAAUUCCUCGACAGCGAAUCCCACGUACUACGAUGCGCUGUGAUAGAGGUUUGUGGAAAUCUGCUUGCCGACCUAAGCAAACAGGAAGACAAGACGGAAACGAUCAAAAUCCAGAUCAAUGCGUUCUUCGACACACUAGAACAACGUUUUCUCGACACAGCCCCAUUCUGCAGGGUUCGUGCGAUCCAAGUCUUUACAAAGAUUUGUGAUUUGGAGCAGAAGUUUCCGAAGCGAAGGCAGAAUGCUGCCGAGCUGGCAAUGCAGAGUCUCCAGGAUAAGAGCAGCAACGUACGACGUAACGCCAUCAAGCUGCUCAAAAAGCUCGUUUCUUCCCAUCCUUUCAGUCUGAUGCACGGUGGGACCCUUGCACACAAAGAAUGGGUGGACAGAUUGGAAGCGGUGGAAGCUCAACUGGAUGCCCUGAAGCCGCCCCCGGACUCCCCCGGACUGGCGCAUAUUGCCUCUGGGGAGGAGAGAGUGGACACCGAGUUGCUGGACGAGGCUACCCAGGCCGAAGUCCCCCACGAGAUGACGGAAGAAGAGCAGAUUGCGGCAGUGAAGAAAGCCGAGGAAGAGGCAGCUACAUCUGAGGUCCUGGGGAAACUUCAACUGACUCGGAAAUACUAUCUUGAGGCAUUGAAGUUCAUCGAGGUGGUGCACGACGCUUCAGAAAUUGCGGUCCAGUUGUUGUCCUCGCCCAACAAGGCAGAAGUCAUUGAUGUGAUGGAUUACUUUGUCACGAUUGACGCCUUCAAGGUGGAAACGGCUCGAAAGGGUAUCCGGCGAAUGUUGCGGUUGAUCUGGACCAAAGGCAACAGUGACGAAGGCAAAGGCGUUCAAACCCACCUCAUCGACAACUACAAAGGUCUCUUCUUCGACGCUCCCGACAUCUUCAGCGCCAACGACGCUGCAAAUUUUGUUGCCAGAAAUAUGAUCAGUCUGACAUUCGGCGCUACUCCCGCCGAGUUGACCUCUCUUGAGCAGCUGUUAAGCACCAUGUUCAAAGCGGGCCAUAUCUCUGAAGUGGUAGUGGCGAAAUUGUGGCAGGUCUACGGCGUGAACAAGGCCAUCUCGAAGGCUCAGCGAAGGGGUGCCAUCAUUGUACUUGGAAUGAUAGCUCUGGCCAGUCCUGAAGUCGUUGUCAAAGAGCUCGACACAAUGUUGAGGGUAGGCCUGGGCCAGCUUGGAAGGCAAGAUUUUGUCCUUGCCAAAUUCACCUGUGUUGCUCUCCGUCGCAUGAUACCUCCGGCGAAGAAGGCACAUGAGAAGACCGCAUCAGUCGGCCUGUCAAGGAUGUCCAACAAUCACGAGGUGUUGCGGAUGCUGGCUUCCAUCCUGUUGACAACCUCACCCAGCAAGGAAUGGUAUGGAAUGGCAGAACAAGCUAUUAGUGCCAUCUACAUUCUCUCAGACCAUCCAGAUGUUCUGUGCUCUGAAGUGCUGCGACAGAAAACUCGACUGGUAUUCCAACAGACGAAGGACCUCUCUUCGUUGUCGCGACCAUCAUCGCCAGAACCGGAUGCAAUGGACGUGGACGAAGAAGGAGUUGCACCGAAUCCGGAAACCGAGCCAGAGGCACAGGAACAAUCACAGUCGCCGGCGCAGCAGACGCUUGAGAAACCAUCGAUUGCUUUAUCGCAACUCCUGUUUACCGUGGGACACAUCGCCAUCAAGCAGAUUGUGCAUCUGGAAUUGUGUGAAUUGGACUUCAAGCGACGGAAACAUGACCAAGAGAAGAACAAGUCAAUCGCCAACCCUUCGCCGGAUAAAUCCAUGGGCCCUACACCGGCUCGAAGGAAGAAGACGGCGGCGGAAGAAGUGCUGGCGGAAAAGCAGAAAGAGGAAGAAAAGGACGAGCUGGAUCUCAUCGGCGGCACGACCGAAGAUGACUUUACCGAAGCAGUCGCACACAUUCGAGAGCGCGAGCUUCUCUACGGCCCAAACUCGUUACUGGCAAACUUCGGACCUCUGGUGACAGAGAUCUGUGCCAACAAUGCAGCGUACAAGGACCGAAACCUCCAAGCACAGGCCACACUGUGUCUGGCCAAACUCAUGUGCGUGAGCAGCGAGUAUUGUGAGAAGAAUCUACCUCUUCUCAUCACCAUCCUCGAACGGUCCACCGACCCUAUCGUGCGUUCCAACGCGGUCAUAGCAUUGGGUGACAUGGCGGUGUGCUUCAAUCACCUCAUCGACGAAAACACCGACUUCCUCUACCGCCGUCUCAACGAUGGAGACGAAAGCGUCAAGCGCACCUGCUUGAUGACAUUGACAUUCUUGAUUCUGGCCGGCCAAGUCAAAGUGAAGGGCCAGCUGGGCGAGAUGGCCAAGUGUCUAGAAGACGCCGACAAGAAAAUCGCCGACCUCGCACGCAUGUUCUUCACCGAACUAGCCACCAAGGACAACGCCGUAUAUAACCAGUUCGUAGACAUGUUCAGUGUUCUCACCCAGGAAGGUCCCUUGGAUGGCGGUGUCAUGGAAGAGGAAGCCGUCAAGAGAAUCCUCAAGUUCUUGUGCGGAUUCAUUGAAAAGGACAAACAUGCCAAAAACCUCGCCGAGAAACUUGCAGCUCGACUUGGCCGAUGUGUCAGCAAACGACAAUGGGACGAUACAGCGUACGCGCUGUCGCUGCUGCAGCAUAAGAAUGAGGAAAUCGCGAAGAAACUGAGCGAAGGGUACAGAGUCGUGGAGACGGAGGCAUAG